AUGACUACUGCUCUAACACUCAUCACAUCUCCUCUUUACACAAUUGCGACCUCUAUGCAGCUUUCAGUUAUUCCACAUUUGACUAUAUAUGGUGAUGUGAAGCCAGAGGAUGUAAAGAAAAAGGGAGUGAUUACUAAGAGUUUCGAUUCACUCUUUGGAAAAGACAUUGAGAAGGAAAAGACUAAAUAGCUCCCAGGCAAAACUGAUAAUCCUCUCAGCACUGAAUUAAAAUUUGAAAUUACAUAGCCAAAAGAGCCGAGAGCAGAUCUUAUGAAGGCCUCCGGUCAAGUUGGUUUAAAUAAACCAUACAGAGCACCUGUUUACAGAACUUACUGGGAAUGCAUAUAAGGUUUAUCGAAGUAGGGUAUACUCGGCUUUUACAAAGGAAAUGGCCUUAGAAUGACUCACAUCUUUCUCUAUGCAGCAAUGAGAAAUCAUAUUUCCUAUAGUUUGGACUUUGGAGAUGAUAUAUUUAGAAAGAAUUCAUUUUGGAGAGAUUUCUUAGCGGCAACAACAGCAAGUCUUCUCUUACAUCCUCUGCAUUUGAUUGAGGCUAGAUUCAUUUUGCAAAAUAGAUUGCCUAACUUUUAAUCUUACCGAAGCACUUACAUGUUCAUUAUCAGGAAUUACACUGAAAUAUUGAAGGGAAUUACUGCCCAUAUACCGAGAAAUUUCUUGCUUGCAAUGACUGGUUUCAAUUAUUUCUCAUCUGUGAAUAUAUUCGCAUAUCUUGGCCAAACCUUAGCUUUCCACACACUAGCCUAUCCAAUAUUGACUGCACAGAGGCGUAUGGAAUGCCAAACUACUAAAAUGCCAGGCAUGCUCCCAUUAAGAUAUAUUGGCAAUAUUCAUGCUUUGGGAUUGAUGUGGAGAGAAGAGGGAGUUAAAGGAUUAUUUAGAGGAUACUUCGCCUAUCUAUUAGCAACUUCAAUCGUGAUUACAGUAGUCCCAAUAGCAUCUGAGUUAAUGAUGUUAAAGUCCCCCUUGUAUGGAAACUAUGAAGAUAACUAUGAUUUAUAUUAAGAUGUAAUGAGUAAAAGAGAAAAGAGGAUUAAAGAAAGAGAGCAAUACAGUAAAUAAAAGGAAGCCAAAGAAAAUUCAGAAAAAUGA